CCUCCGAUCCCCGGCUGUGUGUGUGUCCGUGUGCACCAGGCUCGAUCCGAGCUCUCUCGUCAGCACACUUUUCUGUUCUCUCUCUAUAUAUAAAUGGUUUAAAAAAAUAGAAAAAAAUUUAAAAAAGAGGAAAAAUCUUAACCCAAAAAAAAUUUAAAAAGGAAAUCCCAUAAAAAAAAAAAAAAAAAGGCGGUGGGGGGUUUUAAGGAAAAAAUAAAAGGAAAAAAAAAAAAAAACGCACCGGAGUCAACGAGAAGAUUCUCAACGUCUCGGAACUCGAGAGGAAAAAAAUUAAAAAAAAAGAAACCGACGACUCGACAAGCAAAGGAACCCGCGAGGAACGGCUCGGAAUCGUCACCAACCAACCAACCACCCGCAGGCGCCGCCAUCUCCUCCCGGGACCCCCUCGCCGCCCGCCCGCCCGCCCGCAGCUGACAUCUCCCUCUCUCACCUCUUCUUAGUUAAAUCUGGUAAUCCGUUCCCUUCUCAACCUUCAACGGCAAACAGAUCAAUUGGAAAAAAAGGAGCCCAGCACCGAGUGAAUCCUCCGUCUUCGCCAGCCGCCGCCACCACCACCACACACGCUGUCCGCCGCCGCCAUGAACCCCAGCGCGCCCAGCUACCCCAUGGCCUCGCUCUACGUGGGCGACCUACACCCCGAUGUGACCGAGGCGAUGCUGUACGAGAAGUUCUCGCCGGCCGGGCCCAUCCUCUCCAUCCGCGUCUGCCGCGACAUGAUCACCCGCCGCUCGCUGGGCUACGCCUACGUCAACUUCCAGCAGCCGGCCGACGCUGAGCGUGCUUUGGAUACAAUGAAUUUUGAUGUUAUCAAAGGCAAGCCUGUUCGUAUCAUGUGGUCUCAACGUGACCCGUCUUUGCGGAAAUCUGGUGUUGGCAACAUCUUCAUUAAGAACUUGGAUAAAUCGAUUGAUAACAAAGCACUGUAUGACACAUUUUCAGCUUUUGGGAACAUACUUUCUUGCAAGGUAGUCUGUGAUGAAAAUGGUUCUAAAGGCUAUGGAUUUGUCCAUUUUGAGACCCAUGAAGCGGCAGAACGAGCCAUUGAAAAAAUGAACGGCAUGCUUCUUAACGAUCGUAAAGUUUUUGUAGGUCGCUUUAAAUCCCGCAAGGAGCGUGAAGCUGAACUUGGAGCUAAAGCAAAAGAAUUCACCAAUGUGUACAUCAAGAACUUUGGGGAAGACAUGGAUGAUGAGAGGCUGAAAGAAAUCUUUAACAAAUUCGGAGCAUUCCUUAGUGUAAAAGUUAUGACAGAUGACAGUGGAAGAUCGAAAGGUUUUGGCUUUGUCAGCUUUGAAAAGCACGAAGAUGCACAAAAGGCUGUCGAUGAGAUGAAUGGAAAGGAAAUUAACGGGAGACAAGUUUACGUUGGCCGGGCACAGAAAAAAGUUGAACGACAGACAGAGCUGAAGCGCAAAUUUGAACAGAUGAAACAAGAUCGGAUCACAAGAUACCAGGGGGUCAACCUUUACGUCAAAAAUCUGGAUGAUGGUAUUGAUGAUGAGCGACUGCGCAAAGAAUUUUCACCAUUUGGUACAAUUACAAGUGCUAAGGUGAUGAUGGAGCAUGGGCGCAGUAAAGGCUUUGGAUUUGUCUGUUUCUCUUCACCAGAGGAGGCUACCAAGGCUGUAACUGAGAUGAAUGGCCGGAUUGUUAGCACCAAGCCUUUGUAUGUUGCUCUGGCUCAGCGCAAAGAAGAACGGCAAGCUCAUUUGACAAACCAAUACAUGCAGAGAAUGGCGAGUGUCAGAGCUGUUCCCAAUCCUGUUAUCAAUCCUUAUCAACCUGCUCCACCAUCUGGGUAUUUCAUGGCAGCUAUCCCUCAGGCUCAGAACCGUGCUGCAUAUUACCCAGCAAGUCAGCUUGCACAGCUUCGACCAAGCCCUAGAUGGGCUGCCCAAAGUGUCAGACCCCAACCAUUCCAGGGUAUGCCCGGGAGCAUGCGUCCAACUGGUCCCCGACCACCAACCAUCAGCUCCAUGAGACCAACUUCAGCUCAGGUGCCACGUGUCAUGAGCACUCAACGUGUUGCUAACACUGCAACACAGACAAUGGGACCUCGUCCUGGUGCUACUGCUCCUGGUGUUCGUUCGUUUACACAAUACAAAUAUGCUGCAGGAGUCCGCAAUCCUCAACAACAUCUAAAUACUCAGCCUCCAGUUGCUAUGCAACAGCCUGCAGUUCACGUCCAAGGCCAGGAACCCCUGACUGCCUCCAUGCUGGCCGCUGCCCCUCCCCAAGAACAGAAGCAGAUGCUGGGUGAACGCCUUUUCCCACUGAUUCAGAGCAUGCACCCAAGUUUGGCGGGUAAAAUUACUGGGAUGCUUCUUGAGAUAGACAACUCUGAACUGCUUCAUAUGCUGGAGUCCCCAGAGUCUUUACGCUCCAAGGUUGAUGAAGCAGUUGCUGUACUGCAAGCCCAUCAAGCAAAAGAAGCUGCUCAGAAAGUAGUUGUGCCAAAUGCUGCUGGGGUUUAAAAUUUUCAAGAGGAGAGGAGGACAAUGAAGCUCGCAUUACAGAAGAAAAAAAUAUCUAAACAUUGGAAAAAGUUAAAAAAUUUUAAAACAUCGUAAAAUAAAAAAUGUAUACAAAAAAAGAAAGGAAACCUCUAAGCUUAUGAAAUGAAGUCACUGCCAGGUCUGGCAUAAGUGAUGCUAGUCCUUGACUUAAUCGGAAAAUACCCAAAAAAAUUGUAAAAUGAAAAGUUUUCUAGGCCGGGGUAGGUGUUUUAUGCACAGAAAUGUUUGAUGCAUUCCUUUCUUUAAAGUUUUGUAAUCCAUUACUGUGGAAAUGCUCAGCAGAUCCACACUGUGUUUAGUUGGCAGUGUGUUUGAUGGUUGAGCAUUAGAAACUGAAACUGAAUUGGAUUAUAGAAUGCUUGCUUUAAUAAAAAUGCUGAAUAAUGA